AACUAUUAUGACGCUGAGAUAUCCUAAGGUGAACACCAACAAUCCAGUAGUAACGGUAUAUGUGGUCAGCCUAAAGACGCCCAAGUUCCUGUUCCCUCACGCCAUACAGUUUACAUCGCAAGUUGACAAAAGUUGGUACGUUCGAUGGACGAGUUGGUUGACAGAGAAACAAAUCGGAGUUCUGUUGCUGAACCGACCUCAGAACGUUUCCAUCAUCAGCAUCUGCAGUGCCGUCCACUAUAACUGUCAGGAUAUAUUUCGUGACGAGUCAGACG